CCUUCUUGCUUCUCGCCUGCUCGUGCCUUGCUCUUGCCUGGUGCUUGUGUGUGCCUUUUCUUCCCCAAAUCUGCUGUCUGCACAACACAACCGUCACCAUUCCCCGCACCCUGAACUCCGUCUUCACCACGCCCUUCCCUUUGCACUAACUCUUUUGCACUCCCCCAAAACCCCUUCCAAUCAUGAGCUGGAACGCUGAGACCUCGGACAAGCCCGCCGCCCCCGCCGAUGGCCCCGCCAACAUGGCGCCCGAGGGCGAGAUUGAGUCCAACUGGAACGAGGUUGUUGACAACUUCGACGACAUGGGUCUCAAGGCCGAGCUUCUCCGUGGCAUCUACUCGUACGGUUUCGAGCGCCCCUCCGCCAUCCAGCAGCGCGCCAUCGUGCCCUGCACCAAGGGCCGCGACGUGAUUGCCCAGGCCCAGUCCGGUACCGGUAAGACGGCCACCUUCUCCGUCUCCGUGCUGCAGCGCAUCGACACCACCCGCCCCGAGUGCCAGGCCCUCAUCCUCGCCCCCACCCGCGAGCUUGCCACCCAGAGCCUGGACGUGCUCGAGAACCUCGGCCAGUACAUGGACGUCAAGACCAUGGGCUGCAUCGGCGGUACCCGCGUGCAGGACGACAUGGCCAAGCUCGAGCAGGGCGUGCAGGUCAUCGUCGGUACCCCCGGUCGUGUCUUCCACAUGAUCAACAGCGGUGCCCUCGACGUGUCCAACCUGGGCGUGUUUGUCCUCGAUGAGGCCGAUGAGAUGCUUUCCUUUGGCUUCACCGACCAGAUCUACGACAUCUUCCAGACGCUCCCCAAGGACGUCCAAGUCAUCCUCAUCUCCGCCACCAUGCCCGAUGACGUGCUCGAGGUGACCAAGCGCUUCAUGCGCGACCCCAUCCGCAUCCUCGUCAAGAAGGAGCAGCUCACCCUCGAGGGUAUCCGCCAGUUCUACGUCGACGUCGGCAAGGAGGACUGGAAGCUCGAGACCCUGAGCGACAUCUGGAAGACCAUCACCAUCUCCCAGGCCGUCAUCUUCUGCAACACCCGCCGCAAGGUCGACUGGCUCACGGAGCAGCUGCGCGCCCGCGGUCACCAGGUCUCCUGCACCCACGGUGACAUGACCCAGGACGAGCGUAACAUGAUCAUGAAGGAGUUCCGCGCCGGCUCCACCCGCGUCCUCAUCACCACCGAUCUCCUGGCGCGCGGUAUCGACGUCCAGCAGGUCUCCCUCGUCAUCAACUUUGACCUCCCCAGCAACCGCGAGAACUACUUGCACAGGAUUGGCCGUAGCGGUCGUUUCGGCCGUAAGGGUGUUGCCAUCAACUUUGUUGCUGAGGACGAUGUGCGCCGCCUCAAGGAGCUCGAGGAGUUCUACCAGACCCAGAUUGACGAGAUGCCCAAGAACGUCGCCGACUUCCUCUGAGCGCACCAGCCAAAUUCCGCGCCGCGCCCCCACGCGAAUUUCAGCUGCUGUGUGUCUCUUGGAAUACCGGUGUUGGUGGUGUUGUAGCGUCGUCGCCUGGAGUCGUUGACUCGCCUCCUGUCCUGAUUCUGCUGCACCGCCAUCACGUGUCCCAGGCACCCGUCAUUUCUCUUUUUCUGUUUCUCCUCCAUUCCUUGAUGUGUGUGUCUCCGUUGCUUAUUGUUGCUGUUUGUUUGCUUGGAGUGGGGUGGUUUUGUUUCUCCUCCACUGUAUCUUGCAUGGUGUACCGUCAUUCAUCGUCGUUGUAAUGUCACUUUUGUUGUCGUUGUUGUCGUUGAGCUGUGCCUUUUUUGUGUACAGCGCGCUUUGUGUGCGUGCACGUUGUGUGUGUGUGUGUGUGUGUGUGUGUGGUACCGAAAGGGUUGUUCCCACCACGCUGGUUCGCGUUUGCUUGCAUGUGUGCACAAGUGACUGUGACUGAUGAAGAUGAUGGCAAUGAGGUGUGCCUUGUUGUCUUGUCUGUUGCUACUGUGGCGCCCGCCUGUCCAGCACCGUGUUUGUGCUGCUUUGCUUACAUGCACCACCAUAGGCCCCCCGAAUUGACUGCUUCUUUGCGAUCUGCUUGCGCCGCGUGUUGCCGCUACUCUGCUACUGUGCAUUGUGCAUCAUUCUUCGAACGCUUACAUGUGGUGGUCCUCACAGCCAUCCCAUACAUAGGUCUGUCCUUGUCCUACUAUCCAAAUUACACAUUUGACCCACAAA